GCCGGGCACGGCUGCUGACUGACAGCUCGCGCGGGCCGGCGCCUCUGAAGGACCCGGCUCUGGGGCCGGCGCAGUGGCCGCGCCACCGAGCCCGACCGCGUCGGUUCGCUCCCCGGUCCCCGCGGCCGGCCGGCCCCCGCCGCGGUGAGAAGGGUCCCGCCGGCCCCCGUGAGGGGAGGGCGUGUCCAGGUUCUCCUGGCCGCGCGAGGGCUCUCCGAGGGGCGACAGCUGGAGCGCCCGGAGACCGGCGGAUUAGAAUUCUGCAGAGAAGCCAUCUGGAGCAGCCGGCACCUGAGAGCCGUGGGGCGGUACACCUGAAGCAGCCCUGGGACGCUGUUCAGAUGCCUUUGAAGCAAAGCAACAGCAGAAACCCAUUUCUCUUCACUUACAUUCAGAGAGCCUGAGAGCGUGUUUGCCAGAAGGACCUUAGAGAUCCAACCUGACCUCGGUGUCUCAGACGGGGUCCCCAGCCCAGAGCACAGAGGCCAUAGCCCACCACCCCUGCUGGCAAGAGGGGAGCCAGGGCUGGCCCCAACCACGACCCUUUCAUCUCGAGCUCUCUGAGCACCUGAGCUCCUGCACGCCCCAAUUGCUUUCCUGGCCCAGAAAGUUCUUUUGAGCUGAGAAGCCUUAGGGCCACGUGAGCAGCCCCAGAGGACUCCUCCCCAGUGGCCAGCAGCAACCAAGCAGCUCACACGCGCUCAGCCGCAGGCUCCCUCUGACUUGCCUGGGAACCCCAUCUGCCUGCCUCCCCACCCGCCCGGCGUCCUCGUAGCCUGCCCACCCGAGCCAUGGAGGCCCCUGAGGUCCCUGUGGGCUCGCUGAUUGACUUUGGGGCUGAGCCAUCCUCCUCCUCGCCCCUGGAGGUGCUGCCCCCAAAGCUGCAGGAUGGGGACAGCUCCCCGGGUGAGGGCGCAUCAGAGAGCGAGACCACGGAGUCCGCGGACAGCGAGAACGACAUGGGCGAGUCGCCCUCGCACCCGUCUUGGGGCCAGUACCGCCGCUCCUCCUCCAACGAGUCCUUCUCCUCCAACCAGAGCGCUGACUCGGCCAAGGACGAGGAGCCGCUGGAGCUCCGGGAGUUCAUGCGCAGCUACGUGGAGAAGAUCUUCUCCGGAGGGGAGGACUUGGACCAGGAGGAGAAGGCCCGGUUUGGAGAGUACUGCAGCAGUGAGGACGGGAAAGGCCGGGAAUGGUUCGCCCGGUAUGUGAGUGCCCAGCGCUGCAACGCCAGGUGCGUCUCGGAGCCGGCUUUCUACCGCCUGGUGCAGUCCUUUGCGGUGGUCCUGUUCGAGUGCCACCAGAUGGACGACUUCGGGCCGGCCAGGAACCUCAUGACCAUGUGCUUCACCUACUACCACAUCGGUAAACCACACCUACUCCGCUCAGAAUCCAAGGAGAAGCCGGCUGGGAGCAUCGACUCCUACUUGAAGUCGGCCAACAGCUGGUUAGCUGAGAAGAAGGACAUCGCGGAGCGGCUGCUGAAGAGCACAUCGGGCAAGACAGAGAGUGUCAAGGGCUUCUUUGGGCUGGAGACCAAGGCGAAGGGGCCCUUGGCCAGGAGAAACGAGGAGGAUGAGGGCAAGCCCCAGGAGAAGCCGCGGAAGACAGUGACUGUGUGCAGCCCGGAAGAGGAGAGCAGGGGGGAGAAGAUCUACCUGUACACGCACCUGAAGCAGCAACCCAUCUGGCACACGCUGAGGUUCUGGAAUGCGGCCUUUUUUGACGCUGUCCACUGUGAGAGGAGGAAGCGGUCCCCCACGACCAGAGGGGAUGCUGGAGAGGAGGAGAAGAAGAGGGAGAGGUGGAGCCACAUGACCCAGGAGGAGCGGGAUGACAGCCUGCGCUUCAACGAGAACAUCACCUUCGGGCAGCUGGGCACGUUCACACACAACAUGCUGGCGUUCGGGCUGAACAAGAAGCUGUGCACUGACUUCCUGAAGAAGCAGGCAGUGAUCGGCAGCCUGGACGAGGAGCAGUACAAGCUGCUGAGCGACCACAUCGAGCAGACGGCCACUGAGUAGCCGCGAGAGGUGGCCCAAGACACCCUCAGGACUGUGGCGCACGCCACUCUCCUGGGCCAGCGGCUGGCCGUCACUCCCCUGCAUGGCAUCGGCAGCACCUGGAGCCGCUCCACGCCGCCCUAGAACUAGCGGUUAGAAGAUUCUGGUCGCCCGUCCUCCCCGCCUCCCCUCUGCCUGUGUCUGCUCCCCCGUCCACGUGCCAAAGUGUCCCUGGGAUUACACGGCUAAAACCGAGGUGACUGUCCACACCUCUGGCAUCAGGCCUGUGGCCGAGACAGAGGAGGAGAGAGGAUGCCUGGUCCAGGGCAGGCGCAGUGUCAGUCACAGCCUCCUGGGGGAGAGGGUGGGGCGUCCGUGGGAAGGAGGGGUGAAGGCAGCCGUGAGCCAGCACAUGCUGGUGACUCGGGGCAGUCGCGGGUGACGAUCCGGGGUCCUCCCCUGCAGGGAUCUGGGGUUCUUCUCACAGUCAGGGCUCAUGCAGAGGCGGCAGUGGGCCUCUCUGCAUCAGUCUAGGGCUGGUGCUGGCUCUUCCCCGGCUCCCCCCUCCAUGUGACAGGGACUGGAGUGACAGGAUCCUCAAGGAGGAGAGAGAUGGGGACAGAGGACACUUUUUCCUGUCUACAGAAGGCCCGGCCGCAGUUGGGUGUGUGUGAGUGCUUUGGAGACGUCACAGGGAACCUAGGGGCCUGUGUCAGGCCAUCUGAGAGGUUCCUGGGCUCCUGGUAGCUUCCUUCUGAGCAGAGGAACUUCUGCCAUUCGAUCCUGGGGGUACCCUGGGGCUGUGCACCCCUUGACGAAGCACAGAAAAGUUUUUUCAGCAACUUCAAGACAGCCGCCCUUUAUGAAGCACACAGUGCUGCUCUUGAUUUCAAAAAAGACAGAAAGGUCUGUGUCAGUGCUACAGAUGGCGGGGCAGGGGCGGCUUCUGGCGGCGACCGCUUGAGAUGGGUUAGUAAGCGCUUGGGAGCCUCCGCCCCCCGCCCGGCGGCCCAGGGCCCGGAGGCUCUGAGGACUCUGCGGAUGCCCCUGGCCGGCUUGUGCCGGUGCCCGGGAGCCGGAGCUUUGCUCCCUGGGGUUGCACCGGGCACAGCCACCAGUCUGAGGGCGCUGGGUCUGACAGACAGGCUUCCAGCAUGCCGGCUGCCCUGCUGUGGAUA